AUGGCCCCCAAAGCCAUCAAGGGCGAAUAUAUCGAGACCGAUACAGGGAACAAGGUGUCUCGUCGCAACCAGGUACACGGAACACAGCAUAUCAUUCUAGGCGGCAAGACAGUCAUCCAGGCAGACGUCUGUAUCCGUGGUGACCUCUACCGCCAGCAGCCAGCAACACCAGCAGCAGCACCGUCAGGAGCGGCCGGGUCAAAAUCUGCCGCCAACACGCCUUCGAUCGCAGUAACGAUCGGUCGAUAUACAUAUCUGUCUCGGUCAUGCCUGCUGCGGCCUCCAUCCCGACUCCACCGCGGUGUGCAUUCAUACUACCCGCUGAAGAUGGGCGAUCAUGUCUUCGUUGGGGAGAACUCAAUCGUCGAGGCGGCCACGGUAGGAAAUCACGUCCACAUUGGACGAGACGUGGUUGUAGGAUCAAUGGCUAUCCUGAAGGACUAUGUCGUUGUGCUAGACGGAGCGGUUGUCCCCGCAGGCAUGGUCGUGCCCAGCUGGUCUGUCGUCGGCGGAGCUCCUGCAAGAGUUGUCGGCGAAGUUGGCGAGGGCUAUGGUGUUGAAGGAGCGGAGGGCGGAAUGGCCAGGGAGAGAUAUAGGCUGGUAGGGAGGUGA